AUGUCUGCCAUUGGAUCUUUGAUUUUCUGUACCGAUUGCGGAAACCUCCUGCAGGAGUCGACCGGCGAUGCGAAUGCGGUUCUCCUCUGUGAAAUUUGCGGAGCUCGAAACAAAGACGCAACAUCUAAGACCAUUGUCUCGGAGUCCAAACCCAGUGAUUUCCCCUCAGCCUUGAGGGCCAAGCGAUCGGCCGUCCAAACCUUGACCGCGGAAGACAAGAAGACAGAAGCCCUCACUCAACACACAUGCGCAAGAUGUGGGAGGAAAGAGAUGUAUUUCACAACCGUGCAGCUACGCAGUGCAGACGAAGGAAGUACUGUGUUUCUUACUUGCGUUUGUGGUUACAAGUAUGCUUGCUCUCCUUUCCCCGCAUGUUUCAACUCAAUAUGUCUAAUUGCGACUUUUUCAAUUACAGGGAGACCCAAAACAACUAGGUUCCAAAAUUUGCGUUAUUUUACUCGCAUUCGGAUUUGCAUUUCUAUGGCAUUAAAAAUAGGAAAAGCAUGA